UUUUUGUUACGCUGACCUCUGACCCGAGCAAGAUGGCGUCGUGUGGACAAAAAGAAGCACGUUGUCCACUUUCGUCUGCGACUUUUGCAUUUUCCCGUUCUUUUUGACAGUUUCCAGUCUUCUUACGGCUCAAAGUAACUCUUGAUAAAGCCAAGUAAAGCUAACGCCUCAGGAAAAGUAUGACGGAGUCAACGAAGGAAGCGUUUCGCCGUCUUAGACCGUGUUGUGUUCAACUGACGAAACAGCAGACGGUGCAGAACGUCUCGGAGUUGAGGAAACUUCUUGAAGAAACCGCGGAGGAGGAUGUUCAGCAGCUGCAGGAGUACGCGCUGUUUCCUCUCAGGAUCGUCCUCAAACAGAAACAGCGACUGCAUGAGAGACUAACCCAGGCUGUGCUGGAGUGCAUGACCCACGUGUUUCAGCACACCCAGGUUCACCACUGGGACAUGUUAGAGGACACCUUCACCCAGCUCUGCGUCCUUCUCAGUUCACCCAGCAACAAUGGACAAGUUGCUGAUCUGAGCGAGGAAGUGAAGCUGGCCGUCGUCACAACAUUGAAGAGUCUUCUAUUGGCUGCAGACUCCAGCCUCCUGGUGAGCCUGUACUCGGUAAAAUACCUGCCUCUGAUUGGCCACGCUGUGUCCGUUCUGCUGGCCCUCGCAGAGCAGGAGGGUGCCAGGAAACUGCGGUUGGAGACCAUGGAAUGCCUGAUGGUUCUAGCAGGCUGUCACUCUGGUUGUGAACACCUCACCCCCAGUCUGGAGAGGCAGAUAGCCGACAGCUUUGCUUCCUUCCUACCUGGGAUUACGAUGACCCUCUGUAGGGUCAUCAUGGGAGAUGCCAAACAGGGACAUGCUGUCACUGUGUGUGCAACAGAAGCAUGGUCCAGCAUUGUUACCAUGGUGAUGAGUGACAGCUCAGUGGGCGACAGCCAAUCACAACAAAGCAUGGAGUCAUGUGACGUCAGUGAGAGGCUGAGGUCACUACAGGUCAGAAGAACGGAGGACUGGUGCAAUAGUACUGCAGACAAACUCAAGGUGUUGGUGCAGAGAAUCGCAGGAGCGGUGAGUCACCCCAACUGGAGGGUCCGGCUCGCCCUGGUGGAGUUCGCACACAGGCUUCUCUCCAGGUGCAAUAAGACCCUGCAGUGCUGCACGGCCCCCCUUCUGCAGCUGCUGGUGAGUCAGGUGGGGGACGACUACCCCCAGGUGUCCGACAGGUGUACCCAGGUGCUAACCAGGUACGCAGACAAACACCUGGGCUCCCGGCCGCUGGUGGAACUACUGGAGGAGAACCUCCAUUCUCUGGCGACGUCCCUACCCAGGCUGAUGAGGGCAGCAGACGAUGAGAAGAAGCUGUCGACCUUGACCCUGACCCAGGGUUACCUGAAGCUGCUGGGGUCGAGGGUCGCGACCCUGCUGAACUCUGCACCUCACCUGAGGAGACUCUCCAUGGCCCUGCUGCAGGUGUUAGAGAUGGACAUCACUGAUGUCAAAAUAGUGGGGGAAAGAACUCCUGGAGGGGGCCUGCCUGCCUUGUCUGUGAGUAAGACAAUGUCCCCAGUCCCGUUGGAGAGUCCCCCCGCCGGUCAGUACGUCCCGUCCAGCAGGACUAAACGGUUCAGACACUUCCGGGACGCUCGAGUCUACGAUCUGCUCAGACAGAUCUGCCAGCUGCUGGGGUAUUAUGGGGACCUGUCUCUGCUUGUGGACCACUUCCAGGACCUGUACCAGCAGUCAGCUCUACACAGAAAACAGGCCGUCCUCAUCCUCAACCAGAUUCUGCUGGGAUCCACUGGAACAGAGCUUCCAGACGUAGCAGCCAGGCCACCCAGUGAAGAGACAGCAGACAUUAUAUGUUCGUUACUGGAGGAAUACGUCUCUCCAAAGAAUUGGCAUCUCCCAACUUCCAGCCAAUCAGAAUACAUAGACAUUUCUAACACUCCUCCUGAUUGGUCGAGUGGGACUACCUUGCCACUGAAGAACAGUUCUGAUUGGCUGAUUCCAAUAACAUCUCCAAGGCCACAUCAGAUCUCCUUAAAGACACUGAACAGCAACAUUCUCCUUAUAUGCCUACAACUGGAAGGAAUUGCUGUUUUCUCUAAGGUGCUCGGGGAGAACUUUAAGCUGCUCCUUAUCCAGAGUCUUUACCCUGUUCUGGAGAAACUUGGAGACGAGUCUGCUGUGAUCAGUGAUACCGCCCACUCCACCCUUGUGUCCAUGUGUGAGAGCUGUGGGUACAGCUCGGUCGCUCAGCUGAUCGCCGAGAACGCAGACUACCUGGUCAACGACAUCUCCCUCAGCCUCCGACACUAUAGCCUCCACCCCCGGGCUCCGCAUGUGCUGAGAGUCAUGCUGGACAACAGUGACAAAGAUAUCCUUCCUCUGGGUAGAGACACGAUAGAGGAGAUCCUGCUAGCGCUGGACCGGCACCAUGAGGACAGGUCUGUCAGCUUCAUCAGGGUCCUGCAGUCCCUGGUAACCGCCAUCAACAGGUGGUUCCCUGGCAACAAGAAUGAAGAAGCAAACCAGAGACCAUCCAGACCAACCUGGGCUGUGGAGGGGACCCAGUCUAUCAGGGACUUCCUGGUGGAAUAUCACCAGACAAAAAAGGUGGCAGAUGGUCUCCUUGGUGAUGAUGACAUCACAGUUGUGGAGCAUGAUGGGAAGGAGUCUGCAGAGGAUGCUGGGAAGGAAGAAGCCAUGGAGGAAGCCGACAGGAAGGCUGAAGUUCCUGCACAUAUCAAGAAUGUUCUUGAGGUGCUUGCCAGGUGCAGACACCUGAUGUCCUCGGGUGACCCCAGGCUGCGGCUGCAGGUGUUGGAUGUCACCUGCGAGGGACUGACGGCUCUACGGGACAACCCAGACCACCUGCUGCCACAGGUGCACCAACUGUGGCAACCCUUCACACACAGGCUGGAGGACCCAGAACCACUGGUCAUUCUCAAGGCCUUUGAGACCCUGUGCAUGAUGGGAAGAGUGUGUGGUGACUUCAUCAGGAAGCGUGUCGUCAAGGAGGUGUGGCCCAAGGUCACGACCUUUCUCACAAACCAGGCCAAAAUCAGCAUGAAGACAGGCCCAGCCUACACCCACACAGUAGCACACAGGCUUCAGUCGGCCAUCUUAGCAGGGCUGGGACCUCUCUGUCUGCAGUUGGGGGUAGGGGAGACCGAGGUGGAGAUGAUCGCGUGUGCCUGUAUCCCUUAUCUCAGCGCCAGGCAGCCUACAAAACUACAAGAGGGUGCAUUUGGUGUGUUUGAUGCCCUGAUACAACUGGAGCCGGAUGCCGUCUGGUUGAUACUGUGUGACGUCUACUGCCCUGUAUUACCCCAGCCACCUCACCCCUGCUUCUCACAUGUCAAGGUGUCAGGAUCAGCUUCUGAGAAGUCAGAAUAUGCUAACAACGUCACACAUCUAUUGGAGAAGUUGAGAUAGUACAGUUUGUAAAAUUGACUUGUAAAAUUUUAUUUCAUUGUUAGUUUACAGACAUGUAGAAGUACACAAUAAUAUCAUGAUACAUGUAACGCUAGUUCACCUUUAUUCGCGGGGUGACCUAUAUCUGUUGUUUAUUCUUAGACACAGUAUCUAGGGAAACCAAGUCAACAGACUGUGGUUCUAAAUUGUAAUAUUUUUAAAUAAUGCAGUUUGAAACCGCCUCGUCGACUUGAUAUCCUUAAAUACCCUGUCUUUAAAAACAACGGAUAUAGGUUAUCCCGCGCAUAAAGGUGAACUGGCGUUAAUGCAGAGUUGUGUAAAUUAUUUACAAAGAAUAUUCUUUAUUAGGAUUAAAGAUUUUG